AUGGCGUCCGUCAGGUUACUCGUCCUUCCACGGGGCGGGGAUGCGAGUCACAGCGACAGCAGCGAGGGUGCAAGUACUCUCACAACCGGAGCUAUUGCCGGCAUCGCAUGCGGCGCGGGCGCACUCUUCCUAGGCGCGGCGGGUCUCUUCAUCAUCUACUGGCGACGACAACGACGAUACGACCGGGAGGAUGACUCGGAUUGCGAUAGCUUCGAUGGCGAGCGUCGCGGUGACAUGGUGCCUGCGGUCACGUACACCAUGGACUACAAGAUGGACGGUCCACAACCAGAAGGGGCCGGCGACCACGCGUCCUCAUACGCCUACUCACCCGAAAAGGUCCUGUCGCCCAUGAGCACCUCUGACACGGCCAGCGCGAUGCCGACUCACCCCGCCUACAUCCCGCGGGUUCUAGUCCGGGGUUCAUCCACACCAAGUAACCGCUCCGCCAGGACGACAUCACCACCACCUUUCCCAACACCACCAUUCCCAUCAGGGGAUCUCUAUCCCAAGACCCAGCCGGACGACACCAUCAUCCAGGCUUACCUUGCUGCGGCACAGGCCGGGACCCCUCCCCCCCAUGUCCGGCAGCAGCUACAGCUCCAUCAACAGCAACAACAACAACACUACCGCAGCGAGUCCGAGUCGUCCUCCUCCGGUCUCCCAAUCCAACAUCCAGCCCAAUUCCCUCCCAUAUCUGCCGCGUCCACACCACCACCACUCCCACCACAACCCCAUUCCGCUUCCUCCACUGACGCUAGUCAACACCCCCUCCAUCCCGACCACCAAACCCGGGCCACCAGCGGGCCCCAACUCCCCUCCUUCCCAUACCCAUACCCACAACACCUCCUCCAACAACAAGAACCCAUCGCCGCCGGCCCACCGUCCCAACCUAACCGCAAACCCCGCGCUUACCCCCCUCCACCCCUUAAUCUCGCCGACCCAUCCUCCACUACUACUAGUACCGGCCCCAUCGGCCCAACCCGCAGCAAAUCCGAAAAACCCCUCCACGGCAAACUCGGCACCACCAUCUCCGGACCCCUCGCCUUCCCCCAUCUCGUCCCCGGUACCCUCCCAACGACAAAUACCACUCCAUCCGGCUGGUCCCGCGAAGAGGGCUCCGGCGGUAUCAGCCACGAUUCCUCCCACGGCGACGCAGGCGCGGAUGACUCCACGGCCGAAGGCCAGCACCAACAAAAACGGUCGUUCCGCAGUCGGGCGUGGGGAUUUGCCAGUGGUGGUGGGAGUGGAGGAGAUGGGAGUGGUGGAGGGAAGGGGGAUGACAAUGGGAAAGGGAAGGAGAAGAAGCAUAGGCGGAAACGGUCGAAUCGGAAUAGUGGUGGUGGAGGAGGGGGAGGAGGAGGGUAUGCGGGGAAUAGGCAUUAUGCGGAGAUUGAGAUUGGACGGGAGAGUGAUCUUUGGUGA